AUGGUGAAGUUAGCCAAAGUCCCAAUUCUAGGAAAUGAUAUUAUCCACGUUGGGUAUAACAUCCAUGACCAUCUGGUUGAAACUAUAAUCAAACAUUGUCCUUCUUCGACAUACGUUAUUUGCAACGAUACGAACUUGAGUAAAGUUCCGUACUACCAACAAUUAGUCCAGGAAUUCGAAGCUUCUUUGCCAAAAGGCUCUCGUUUACUUACUUAUGUUGUUAAACCAGGUGAAACAAGUAAGAGUAGAGAGACCAAGGCGCAACUUGAAGAUUAUCUUUUAGUGGAAGGAUGUACUCGUGAUACGGUUAUGAUAGCCAUCGGUGGUGGUGUCAUUGGUGACAUGAUUGGGUUCGUUGCAUCUACAUUUAUGAGAGGUGUCCGUGUUGUUCAAGUACCAACAUCCUUAUUAGCAAUGGUCGAUUCCUCCAUCGGUGGUAAAACUGCUAUCGACACUCCUUUGGGUAAAAACUUCGUUGGCGCAUUUUGGCAACCAAAAUUUGUCCUUGUAGAUAUUAAAUGGCUGGAAACGUUAGCUAAGAGAGAGUUCAUCAAUGGGAUGGCAGAGGUUAUCAAGACUGCUUGUAUUUGGAACGCUGACGAGUUUACUAGAUUAGAAUCAAACGCUUCAUUAUUCUUAAAUGUUGUUAAUGGGGCCAAAAAUAUCAAGGUUACUAAUCAAUUGACAAACGACAUCGACGAAAUAUCAAAUACUGACAUUGAAUCAAUGUUGGAUCAUACGUAUAAGUUAGUUCUUGAGAGUAUUAAGGUUAAGGCGGAGGUCGUCUCAUCGGAUGAACGUGAGUCCAGUCUAAGAAACCUUUUGAACUUCGGUCAUUCUAUUGGUCAUGCCUACGAAGCUAUCCUAACUCCACAGGCAUUACAUGGUGAAUGUGUAUCCAUUGGUAUGGUCAAAGAAGCGGAGUUAUCCCGCUACUUCGGUAUUCUUUCCCCUACUCAAGUUGCACGUUUAUCCAAAAUUUUGGUCGCCUACGGGUUGCCUGUUUCGCCUGAUGAGAAAUGCUUUAAAGAGUUAACCUUACAUAAGAAAACACCAUUGGAAACCUUGUUAAAGAAAAUGAGUAUCGAUAAAAAAAACGAAGGUUCCAAAAAGAAAGUCGUCAUCUUAGAAAGUAUUGGUAAGUGUUACGGUGACUCUGCUCAAUUUGUUAGCGAUGAAGACUUGAGAUUUAUUCUAACCGAUGAAACCCUCGUUUACCCCUUCAAGGACAUUCCUGCUAAUCAAGAAAAAGUUGUUAUUCCUCCUGGCUCUAAAUCCAUCUCUAACCGUGCUUUAAUUCUUGCUGCGCUGGGUGAAGGUCCAUGUAAAAUCAAGAAUUUAUUACAUUCAGAUGACACAAAACAUAUGCUAACUGCUGUUCAUGAAUUGAAAGGUGCUACAAUAACAUGGGAAGAUAAUGGUGAAACUGUGGUAGUGGAAGGGCACGGUGGUUCCACAUUAUCAGCGUGUGCUGACCCAUUAUAUCUAGGUAAUGCAGGUACUGCAUCUAGAUUUUUGACUUCUUUGGCUGCCUUGGUCAAUUCUACUCCAAGCCAAAAGUAUGUCGUUUUGACUGGUAACGCAAGGAUGCAACAAAGACCAAUCGCUCCCUUGGUCGAUUCUUUGCGUGCUAAUGGUACGAAAAUCGAAUAUUUGAAUAGUGAAGGGUCCCUGCCAAUCAAAGUACAUACUGAUUCGGUAUUCAAGGGUGGUAGAAUUGAAUUAGCUGCUACAGUUUCUUCCCAGUACGUAUCCUCUAUCUUAAUGUGUGCCCCAUAUGCUGAAGAACCUGUCACUUUGGCUCUUGUUGGUGGCAAACCAAUCUCCAAAUUGUACGUCGAUAUGACAAUAAAAAUGAUGGAAAAAUUCGGCAUUAAUGUUGAAACUUCUACUACAGAACCUUACACCUAUUAUAUUCCAAAGGGUCAUUAUAUUAAUCCUUCAGAAUAUGUUAUUGAAAGUGACGCCUCCAGUGCUACAUAUCCAUUAGCCUUCGCUGCAAUGACUGGUACUACCGUCACAGUUCCAAACAUUGGUUUCGAGUCGCUACAAGGUGAUGCUAGAUUUGCAAGAGAUGUUUUGAAACCUAUGGGCUGUAAAAUAACUCAAACCGCAACUUCAACUACUGUUUCAGGUCCUCCCGUAGGUACUUUAAAACCAUUGAAACAUGUUGAUAUGGAGCCAAUGACUGAUGCAUUUUUAACUGCGUGCGUUGUUGCCGCUAUUUCCCACGACAAUGAUCCAAAUUCUGCGAAUACAACCACCAUUGAAGGCAUUGCAAACCAACGUGUCAAAGAAUGUAAUAGAAUUUUGGCCAUGGCUACAGAGCUCGCCAAAUUUGGUGUCAAAACCACAGAAUUACCAGAUGGUAUUCAAGUCCAUGGUUUAAACUCGAUAAAAGAUUUGAAGGUUCCUUCGGACUCUUCCGGACCUGUCGGCGUAUGCACGUAUGAUGAUCAUCGUGUUGCCAUGAGUUUCUCACUUCUUGCAGGAAUGGUAAAUUCCCAAAAUGAACGUACUGAAGAUGUUGACCCUGUAAGAAUACUUGAAAGACAUUGUACUGGUAAAACCUGGCCUGGCUGGUGGGAUGUGUUACAUUCCCAACUAGGUGCCAAAUUAGAUGGUGCAGAACCUUUAGAGUACUCUUUCAAAAAGAACUCAAAGAAAAGUGUUGUCAUUAUUGGUAUGAGAGCAGCUGGAAAAACCACCAUAAGCAAAUGGUGCGCAGCCGCUCUGGGUUACAAAUUAGUCGAUUUAGAUGAGUUAUUUGAACAACAACAUAACAAUCAAAGUGUCAAACAAUUUGUCGUGGAAAAUGGUUGGGAGAAAUUCCGUGAGGAAGAAACAAGGAUUUUCAAAGAGGUAAUUCAAAAUUACGGCGAUGAUGGAUAUGUUUUCUCUACAGGUGGUGGUAUUGUUGAAAGCCCAGAGUCUAGAAAAGCUUUGAAAGACUUUGCUUCAUCGGGUGGAUACGUUUUACAUUUACAUAGAGAUAUUGAGGAGACAAUCAUUUUCUUACAAAGUGACCCCUCAAGGCCUGCCUAUGUGGAAGAGAUUCGUGAAGUUUGGAACAGAAGAGAGGUGUGGUAUAAAGAAUGCUCAAAUUUCUCUUUCUUUGCCCCUCAUUGCUCCGCGGAAACUGAAUUCCAAGCUCUAAGAAGAUCAUUCGGUAAGUACAUUGCAACAAUUACAGGUGCGAGAGAUAUAAAAAUCCCAAGCAAAAGAUCUGCCUUUGUGUGUUUAACCUUCGAUGAUUUAACUGAACAAACUGAGAAUUUGACUCCAAUCUGUUAUGGUUGCGAGGCUGUAGAAGUCAGGGUAGACCAUUUGGCUAAAUACUCUGCUGACUUCGUGAGUAAGCAAUUAUCUAUAUUGCGCAAAGCUACUGACAGUAUUCCUAUCAUUUUUACUGUUCGUACCAAAAAGCAAGGCGGUAACUUUCCUGAUGAAGAGUUCAAAACUUUGAGAGAGCUAUAUAAUAUUGCCUUAAGGAACGGCGUUGAAUUCCUUGACUUAGAACUAACUUUACCUACUGAUAUCCAAUAUGAAGUUAUCAACAAAAAGGGCAACACUAAGAUCAUUGGUUCCCACCACGACUUCCAAGGAUUAUACUCAUGGGAUGACGCUGAAUGGGAAAACAGAUUUAAUCAAGCUUUAACUCUUGAUGUAGAUAUUGUAAAGUUUGUGGGUACGGCUGUUAAUUUUGAAGACAAUUUGAGACUAGAACGCUUCAGGGAUACACACAAGAGCAAGCCUUUAAUUGCAAUUAACAUGACCUCAAAAGGUAGUAUUUCUCGUGUUUUGAAUAAUAUUUUAACACCGGUGACGUCAGAUUUGCUUCCUAACGCCGCUGCUCCUGGUCAAUUGACGGUGGCACAAAUCAACAAGAUGUAUACAUCUAUGGGUGGUAUUGAGCCUAAGGAGUUGUUUGUCGUUGGAAAACCAAUCAGCCAUUCUAGAUCGCCAGUUUUACAUAACACUGGUUAUGAAAUUUUAGGUUUGCCGCACAAGUUUGAUAAGUUUGAAACUGACUCCGCACAGUUGGUGAAAGAGAAACUUUUGGAUGGCGGCAAGAACUUUGGCGGUGCUGCAGUGACAAUUCCUUUGAAAUUAGAAAUCGUGCAGUACAUGGAUGAAUUGACUGAUGCUGCUAAAGUUAUUGGUGCUGUAAACACUGUUGUACCGUUGGGUAACAAGAAGUUUAGGGGUGACAAUACCGACUGGUUAGGCAUCCGUAACGCCUUGAUCAGCAAUGGCGUUCCUGAAUCUGUUGGUCAUACUGCUGGUUUGGUUAUUGGGGCAGGUGGGACUUCUAGAGCUGCCCUUUAUGCCUUGCACAGUUUAGGUUGUAAGAAGAUCUUCAUCAUUAACAGGACAAUUUCAAAACUAAAGCCAUUGAUAGAGUCACUUCCAUCUGAAUUUAACAUCAUUGGAAUAGAGUCCACUAAGUCUAUAGAAGAAAUCAAGGAACACGUUGGUGUAGCUGUCAGUUGUGUACCAGCUGACAAACCAUUGGAUGACGAACUUUUAGGUAAGUUAGAGAGAUUCCUUGUAAAAGGUACCCAUGCUGCUUUCGUACCAACCUUAUUGGAAGCCGCCUACAAACCAAGCGUCACUCCCGUUAUGACAAUAUCACAAGACAAAUAUCAAUGGCAUGUUGUUCCUGGCUCUCAAAUGCUGGUUCAUCAAGGUGUGGCUCAGUUUGAAAAGUGGACAGGAUUCAAGGCCCCUUUCAAAGCAAUUUUUGAUGCCGUUACAAAAGAGUAG